AAAGAAACGAGUUUAAUUUCGGCUCUACGACAGACACAUUCGCUUCAUCUUCGUUAUAACAUUUAAAGAGAGUCGCACAGUUCUUAAACUCACGGUACCGCCAUAACAAAGUUUUGUUCCCAAAUUUAGUUUUGUAUUGCGAACAUGGCACCACUUACUUUGUAUCAUUCUACUGCCAGUGCUCAUUCCAGGGGAGCUUUGUUUACCAUACGUAAUUUGGGAUUAGACGUUGAUAUAAAACUACUAAAUCUCCCUGCGAAAGAGCAACUCAAUCCUGAUUUCAUCAAAAUUAAUCCGCAACAUUGCGUUCCCACCAUACUCGACGGAGAUUUCACUUUAUGGGAAUCGCGAGCCAUCGCUGUCUAUCUGAUUGAAUCGAAAGUGCCGGACAGUCCGUUGUAUCCGAAGGAUGUGAAGGAAAGAGCAUUAGUCAAUCAACGAUUGUAUUUCGAUGCGGGUACACUUUACAAACGAAUCCGGGAUAUUUGCUUUCCGAUAAUUUACCUCGGUGAAACAACAAUACCAGACGAUAAGCGUAAGGCAAUGUUUGAAGCAUUCGGAUGGUUGGAUGGAUUUUUGGACGGAAGUGAUUAUAUAGCCGGUCCCACUGUGACAAUUGCUGAUUUGUUUGCAGUGUCCACAAUGCUAUCGAUUGUGAACGCCGGAUGCGAUAUCGGGGCGUUUAAAAAUAUCGUCGCAUGGUUGGACCGAUGUAAAACUCUGCCAGGGUACGACGAAAAUGUUGAUGGUGCCAAGGUGUUUGGGCAACGUGUUACAAGUCGAUUAACUGACAAAUUUUAGGUGAAAACAAAUGUCUGUAUUUUCGGAGAAAAUUUUUUUCUCUUAAGAAGAACAAAAAAUAAAUAAAAUUUCAUUUCCAUUUUAAA